ACCGGCAACGUUUCUAUUGUUUUGAUCACAUUUGUUUACAUUCACUGACGGUUGGCUGACUGACGAGAGCAAGUGGGACGAGCUGGUUUCACGCACAAGCAUCACAGCUGUCAGUUGUGUUUUUGUUCGAUUUUUUCGUACCCGACGCAGUAGCGGUCGAUGUUGGAAAAUUGUGUUGCCCAUAAAAGAGUAAAGUGUUUACAAACUGUGUCCGGUGUCCCGGUCAUCCUAUGUCCAGCCUGCAGCGUGUUAUCAUGAAAUCCAGACUACCGCCGAUGUGUCCGAAUCCACGGUUUCCCAAACCGAGUGAUCGUGGCUUUCGGCGUCAGACGGAUUACAAUCCGUUAAUGUGGGAUGAAUUCUUCGCAGAAAAGAAGGACGUAGAAACGAAGCAGGGCAAAUUCAGGGUCUAUCUGUCCGGCCCAACCGAGCCGGGUGCACCGUUGCUGGUGUUGCUUCAUGGUGGUGGAUUUUCCGCACUGUCCUGGGCACAUUUCAGUAGCGAAGUUACGAAGCUGAUUCACUGUCAGUGUUUGGCUUUCGACAUCCGGGGACAUGGUGAUACGUACACGGAAGAAGAAGAUGACCUAUCAGCAGAACGAUUGGCCACAGAUGUCGGAGACGUAAUGCAAGUGAUGUACGGAGAGUCCGCCCCGCCAAUCAUACUAAUGGGACACUCGAUGGGUGGUGCAAUAUGUGUACAUGCAGCCAACAUGUUUGUGCUACCCUCGCUUAUCGGUGUGGUUGUGAUCGAUGUCGUUGAAGGUACUGCACUGGAAGCGUUGGCAAGCAUGCAGAGCUUUCUCCGAUCGCGUCCUACCACGUUCAAAAGUAUUCAGCACGCUAUCGAGUGGUGUGUACGAAGCGGCCAGGUGCGGAACGUGGAAUCGGCGCGUGUUUCAAUGCCUGGGCAAAUCAUCAACAUCGAAACUAAACAGCUGGCAACGAACGAAUUACCGCUGAAAGCGGACACUACCGCCGAGGAAAAGCUUGAAUUUAAACAUCCGAUGGCGAUAGCGGAAGAUGCGGAGAGCGGCGAUAGUGCGACCGCUUCCGGAAAUGAUCCUGCUAUCACUCCACCGGCAACACCAUCCGGCACGCCGGUAAAUCUGCGAAAAUACGCCUGGCGCAUAGAUCUAUCAAAGUCGGAAAAAUACUGGGAAGGAUGGUUCUCGGGCCUGAGUCAAAAGUUCCUAGACAUUCAUGUGCCCAAGCUGCUGCUACUGGCGGGCAUCGACAAUCUUGAUCGGGCGCUCACCGUCGGACAGAUGCAGGGUAAGUUUCAGCUGCAAGUUCUCGCCCGCUGUGGUCACGCCGUGCACGAAGAUCGACCGCACGAGGUGGCAGAAGUAUUAGCAACGUACUUGAUAAGAAACCGAUUCGCACAACCGACCACCGACGGACAGUUCCUGAGGCAUAUGCCUGCGUGUUAGGCGGUGACGCUAACAGCGGUGCGGGGUGUAUUUUCUCUCACUAAGUAACAAAAUAAAUUUCUAUUUAUGAUUGUAAUA